UACAUACAAGAUUACAAUAGAAGAGUCUAAUACAAGAAUAUAAUGAAGAAAUUAAUCUUAGCAAUCGCGUGUUUAAUAAACCUCACGACAGGCGAUUAUUGGACAGAUCGGGAGAAAUUAAUACAGCUAGACAGAGCGAGUAACAUCGGCUCCACUUUGAACCUGACAGAGAAAGAAACCAUAGCCGACGCAUUUAUCUUGAAUUUAAAAAAACAGGAAUUACAAGUAGGCUUCAACGAUCCCAAAAAAUUCCCCUCGGCCCUGCAUUUUUUCAAAUCCCGCCCCAUCAUAGAAACCUCCCCCAUAUUCAACAUCAUCACCCGAUUGCCCAAGGGCUCCUCUUUGCACUCCCACGAUUUGGCCCUCACCUCCCAAGAAUACCUCUACAAUCAAACAUUCAGAGAAAACUUGUACGCCUGCCUCACCGACGACACCCUACUCUUGCAUUUCUUCAACCCCAACAACAUCAGCACCUCCUGCGAAUGGACUCUACUCAAAGACCUGCGCGAGAACCGGCUCGAUUUCGAAGAAUUCCUCAAAUCCAAGAUGAGCAUCGUCAGGGACGACCCGGUGAAGGCUUACCCCACCAUCAACGAGGUCUGGAAGGGUUUCCAGCAGACCUUCCGCACUGUCGUAGGGCUCAUUACGUACAAGCCCGUCUUCGAGGGAUUCUUCUACCAGGCGCUGCGAGAGCUCCGCGACGACAACGUCAAGUACGCCGAGAUCAGGGGCUACCUGCCCCACGUGUACGACCUGGACGGUCGCCUCUACGACGAAGAGGAAGUGGUGGGUAUCUACGAAAACGUCACCAGGAGAUUCAAGGAGGAUUUUACGGAUUUCGUCGGCGCUAAGUUCAUCUACGCCCCCAACAGGCGCGUUACUAACAACACAAUGGAGGCCGAAGUGCAGAUUUACAAGAAGAUAAGGAGCGCCUAUGCGGAUUUCGUCGUGGGGUUCGACCUGGUGGGGCAGGAGGAUAAAGGCUGGCCGCUCGGGGACUACAUUCCCCAGCUGCUGGAGAUCCGCUCGGCCGGCGGCCAUUUCUACUUCCACGCCGGCGAGACCAACUGGUUCGGCUUCGCCUCCGACGAGGACCUCUUCGACGCCGUGCUGUUGAACGCCACGCGCCUCGGGCACGCCUACGCCCUGCUCAAGCACCCCGCCUUGGCGGAGGCGGUGAAGAGCCGCGGCAUCGCCGUCGAGGUAUGCCCCAUCUCCAACCAGGUGCUGAAGCUGGUCGACGAUCUGCGCAACCAUCCGGCGGCGGUGAUGAUCGCCGACGGGUACCCGGUGGUGGUGGCGCCCGACGAUCCGGGCUUCUGGGGCGCCAGGGGGCUGUCGUACGAUUGGUACGUGGCCUUCAUGGGCAUGACCAGCAAGGGGACGGGGUUGCGGUUUCUGAAGCAGUUGGCUUUGAAUUCGAUCACGUACAGCAGCUUGAAUGCCACCGAGAUGGCGGGAGCUUUGAAGCAGUGGAAGGUUGAUUGGGACGAUUUCGUGGACGGAUUGGUGAGAAACGAAUAUUUCGGGUAUAAUGAAGUUUUGAAAGUUGUGUAAUUUCGUAUUUUUGAUACAUAUACUCUUACAUUUUAUCAGGCGGUCAAAACGGAUUAAUCUAGUUGGCUUUUUAUGUCAAAAUGUUAUUCGAAGUUAAGUUAGCCUCGGAUUAGCGUGUCAUAUUUGACAGAUAUGAUAGAUAAUUACGUUAUAUUUUAUAAUGUAUGUAGUAUAAAA